CCUCUUCUACAUUUUCUAUUCCCCCCUUUACGUAGAAUUAGGGUUAGGGUUUCACCAAGUGAAAAAAGAAACACCAUGUCUCGGUUUUCUUCUCUGCUGGGUUUUCAUGCCAUUGUAAGGAAUUGGAGAGGUUAAAAUAAAAGAAAACAAGAAACCACAUUUCAACUUUUUUUUUUUUUUUUGGGAUCAGGUCUUCUUGAAGAAGAUCUGAGAAAAGGAGGGUUGUUGUCGGUUUUCUUGAAUAUUUAGGGGUAGCUUGGAAAAAAAGAUGAGUGCUUCAAGGUUUAUUAAAUGUGUUACUGUGGGUGAUGGUGCUGUCGGAAAGACGUGUCUCUUGAUUUCUUAUACCAGCAAUACCUUCCCCACGGAUUAUGUGCCUACCGUGUUCGACAAUUUCAGUGCAAAUGUGGUCGUCAAUGGGAGUACUGUCAACCUAGGGCUGUGGGAUACUGCUGGACAGGAGGAUUACAAUAGGUUAAGACCUCUGAGUUACCGUGGAGCUGACGUUUUCAUUUUGGCAUUCUCUCUCAUUAGUAAAGCCAGCUAUGAAAAUGUUGCCAAGAAGUGGAUUCCUGAGUUGAAGCAUUAUGCCCCCGGUGUCCCAAUAGUGCUUGUUGGAACAAAACUUGAUCUUCGGGAUGAUAAGCAGUUCUUCGUAGACCAUCCUGGCGCUGUGCCAAUUACUACUGCUCAGGGUGAGGAGCUGAGGAAAACAAUUGGUGCACCUUCUUACAUUGAAUGUAGUUCAAAAACACAGCAGAAUGUGAAAGCAGUCUUUGAUGCUGCUAUCAAGGUCGUGCUCCAGCCUCCCAAGCAGAAGAAAAAGAAGGGAAAGUCCCAAAAGGCAUGCUCAAUUUUGUGAUCAACAGUAGGUCCAAUGAUGUUACUGGUCACAGUUCUCCUUGUAAUAUCUCCCUCAUAUUCCUUUGUCAUUUGUCUCGGGAAGUAGGAGGUCCAUGUAUGUCUCAUUUAAAGUUACAAGCGAUCUCUUGAAUUCUCAGGUGGCUCGGUUUUCUGUAUUGCUGUGAUAUCUAAUUGUUUAGUCACAGCACCUUGUCGUAGGCCACUGUAUUGUGCCCUCUGUGUUUUUAUUUGCUUUAUGUAUUAAUGACUGAAAGAAUCCAAUUAGAAAAAAGAAAUUUUCCCGGCAA